UUUACCGAAAGAACCAAGAAUAUGAAUCACUGCAGUCACGAAAGCUUUAAAUCAAAAUUUAAUUGCGGCCUGAUUUGUACGUUUGUGAUUAUUGUUAAAUGACCCCCGGGGACUUAUUAAAGUCGCUAAAUGCAACGUAAUGUAUUGUUGCAUUGUAGUUGUAACUGCUGGAACUCGCUGUUAAACCCACCAAAAGCACGUGUCGCUGUGUCGAGAGUACUGUAGCAGUGUCUUUAAUAGUGAAGUGUCAAGUGAUGUUGCCAUGGUGACUCUGUCAGUUGCCCCGCGAUGUGUCGCUCUAUCUCCACAGGGGGGGGUCUUUUAAUUCCACCUUCAGUAAUAAUUACCCGCGUUGCAUAGAAACACCGCCUCGCCAGAGGCGGCGGCGGUGCUUUUUAGCCGCCUGCUUUGUUCUUGAUGCGGAAUUUUGUUAUUUUAUUGCGAUUUUAAAUUGCGAAUAAGCGUGAAGAGGAUACAGGCGGGAGUUGGAUUUUGUGUUUUGCUAUUUGCAGAACUGGGCAGCCGAAGCCUUGUAUAAACGAAGCAGGCGGCCCUGACAAGAACGACUGGGCUCCAAGCCGGGGGGAGCUCAGGAUGGAGAGAGCGAGGGGAAGGAACAGAAUUCUCAUCUCGUGCCCCGGCUCCCAGCUUGGCAAGAUCGUGACUGUGCAAGAUGGUCCGCUGGGCGGCGAGAGCGCUGACGCGUGGGCCAGCCUCCUGGGCCCCGGGCGUCACGCCGCCUGCAAGCACUCCCCACAGCUGAUCGCCGCUCUGAGCCGGGUCCUGGCGGGGAAGCCGCCCACGGCCGUCCUGCAGGCCCAGCCGCCGGUGCGCGGUAGAGAAUACUCGUCCCGGAGGCCUCGCGAUGCAGUCACCGCCAAGUCCAAGCAGCCCCGCUUGGGCCACGGUGAGAAGAUCAGCGGCUGGUGCGACAAAGUCGACCUCGGUGCCCUCUCUAUGCAGACAGGCCCUGAGCAGGCAUUAGAAGCCGUUCCCAGCGGCGCUGAUGAUGGUGUUCCUGUCGCAAGGCGGCGAGAGUGGGAAUCGAAGCCGGUGGCCUGGGAUGGGCCCGUCAUUUACCUCCCGUCCACCGCCCCGCAGCAACACCGCAAUCUCGGUGCCACCGGCACGUGGCAGCCUGGGGACACGGACGGGCGGGACGAGGAAGGGCAACGGGAUGAGCAGUGGGACGCGUCGGAGGAGGAGCAGCAGCAGCAGGAGGGAGAGUGGAAGGAGGUUGUGGAGGUCACACAUGAUUAAAUGAUGAGCAGUAAUGGUGUUUGUAUUUUGGGGGGUUCUGUGGAUCACAGACACCUGCAAGACGCACGCCACGGCAGGGCUGUCGAUUCAACUUUGUCUUGUAAAGUUUUCACGGACGACAAUAAAAUAAACACAUCUCUGCAUAAAUUUAA